AAUUGAUUAGCAUAAAAAAACCACUCGCAAUUACUCACAUUGAUAACUGCGAGACGCAGAGAGAGAGAGAGAGAGAGAAGAGAGAGAGAGAGAGAGAGAGAGCAGUGAGCUUAAAGGUUUGAGCUUUUUCAGCUCUUGCUCAGUUCUGGUUUUGGAGGUAAAAAAAAAAAAAAAAUGAAACAAAGGAAAAAGCUUUUUUAGCGAGCUUUUGUGUGUCAUAGAAAAAACCAAGAAACCCAAUCCAAGAAAGAUAUUCAUAUAACAUAGAAAAGACCAAAAAUCUUUGCAAUAAACAUCCCAGAAGUCCAUUUGAAUAACACAAGAGAGAAAUCCUAAACCAGAGAAAGAGAAAGUGAGAGAAAAAAAAUGUUUGCUGGAGAGAAUGGACUCAAAGGAGACCCAAGGCUUCAAGCCAUUUCUGAAGCUAUUAGGGUCGUUCCUCACUUUCCGAAACAAGGAAUAAUGUUUCAAGACAUAACAACGUUGUUGCUAGAUCACAAGGCAUUCAAGGAUACGGUGGACAUAUUUGUUGAUCGCUACAGAGACAUGGAUAUCUCUGUUGUUGCCGGGGUGGAGGCAAGAGGGUUCAUGUUUGGUCCUUCAAUUGCAUUAGCUAUUGGUGCCAAGUUUGUUCCUUUACGCAAACCAAAAAAGUUGCCAGGUAAGGUUAUCUCAGAGGAAUAUGAGUUGGAGUAUGGAACCGACUGUCUGGAGAUGCAUGUUGGUGCUGUUCAGCCUGGCGAACGCGCGCUGGUGAUCGAUGAUUUGGUCGCGACUGGCGGGACCCUCUCCGCAGCAAUUAGACUUCUAGAACGCGUGGGAGCCGAAGUGGUUGAAUGUGCUUGUGUUAUUGGUUUACCUGAGGUGAAGGGACAGCGCAGGCUUAAUGGAAAGCCGCUUUACAUUCUUGUGGAGCCACGAGAGAUGGAUCGUUGUUGCUGAGAUAAGUGUGAAUUUGAUGAUUGCUUGGGCUGACUGCGAAAAAGAAAUGAUGCUUGAGCAUUGCAACAACCACCAAUCACGUACGCGUUUGCUUUUAAGAAAAUGGGUUUACUUUGAGUUUUUGCCUUUGCAAGGCUCAUUUCGUGUCAUUUUUUUUCUUUAAUUUGCGUCAAUUCGUAGGGCUAUUUGUUAUGUGCCAUUGCAAGGCUCAUUUCGUGUCAGUUUUGAACAACGGAUGGGAUGGAGAAUGUUAUUCGUAGAGAUUGCUUUAUUCUUAUAAAUCAAAGUCUUUCAUUAUGGCAAAAGCGUAAUUUUAUGUGUACUUUCUAGUAGCAGCUGUUCAAAGAAAAUCUAUUCCAGAAAAAGAAAAAAAGUAUUCGACCUGACGUCGUAAAAAUGUUUCCAAACCCCGUUUAGAUUUUAAUCUUAUUCCAUUUGGAAACGGUGCACCAUCUGUAGAAACGACAUGUUAAGUUUGUUGUCGUUUCAUGUGGCUUUGCCUGAAACAAAAUCCAACUAUGUAUAUAUAUAAUCCAA